AUGGCAUCCCUAUCCAUCACAGCUGAUCCACUCUCCCUCAUCCCCACCUUCCCAAAUGAAGACCCAUCUACAUACCCGCCAAUCCAAUCAGGUGGCUCUCUAAUCCUCGCCUGGCAAAUCCGUAACAAACGAGUUCUCCUCGUCGGGGGCGGGAAUGUAGCAGCCACUCGUCUCGUUCACCUUCUCAGCGCCGAUGCAUUAGUAACCCUUAUCUGCCCACCCUCAGGUCUUCACCCAGAAACCGCCUAUCGUCUCAAAACCCACGAGUCCAGAAUAACCUAUAUACCCCGCAACUUCGAACCCUCCGAUCUAUCCUCCAUCCCAUCGAUAUCAUUAGUUUUAACCGCAAUAGACGAUCCAGUCGCAUCAACUGAGAUCUAUACACUAUGUAAAUCACUAAACUACCCUGUAAACGUUGCAGAUGUCCCUCCGGAAUGUGAUUUCUACUUCGGAAGCGUGCAUAGAGAUGGUCCGUUACAGAUUAUGGUAUCAACGGGUGGGAAUGGACCUAAGCUUGCUGCUAUGAUUAGGAGGAAGGUGGCGGAUUCAUUGCCCAAGGAGACCUCUAAGGCUAUUGUGAAAGUUGGGGAGCUGAGGAAGAUGCUAAGGGCGAUUGCUCCUGAGAAGGAUGAAGGGGCAAAGAGGAUGGAGUGGAUGAGUAGGGUUUGUGAAAGUUGGGAAUUUGAAGAGCUGGCUGAGAUGACAGAAGGGGAUAUGAAGAUUUUGUUAGAGGGAUAUAAGGAUGGGGUGGUGAAGCAGUAUAAGGAAGUGAAGCUAUUGGAGAGUGUGAGGAGCGGGGAGGAAGAGGAUGACAGAAGGGAAGGAAAACCCGGGGAUGCUUAA